AUGACAGGAAUCCUCCUCGCCCGUGAACCAGAGGAAACCAGCAAUGCCACCACCGAACGCCGGCGCGACGAGUACCUCGCCUUUCUCUCCACCCAGCCGCUGCCAGUCUUCGUUUCUGACGCGCCAAAGUUGCUGAGCCACACGGUCCCGCCACGCCACGACCUUCGAUUCCCCACCGACGACUUCAAGCGGCGCAAUGCGAAGAAGGGGGGCAUAAGGGACUUACUACCGCCAAAGAUAAAGGUUGGCGCGUUCAAGCGCAGGUUCAGCGCUGAGAGGGCGGUGCGGCGUUAUAUCAAGAUGGCAAAGCUUUGUUGUGAUGAUGAUGUCAGCAGCCAACCGGCAAUAAGUUAA